AUGUCCAAAAUAAAAAAGAUCGUCGCAGUAGGUGACGGAGCCUGUGGAAAAACGUGCUUGUUAACCACAUUCGCAUUCAAUGAAUUCCCUGAAUCUCACGUCCCCACCAUAUUCGACGCGUACUCAAAAGAAAUAGAGCUGGAUGGAGAAACGGUGACCCUGGCUCUUUGGGAUACAGCGGGAGAAGAAGACUACGACAGGCUCAGACCGCUGUCCUACCCAAGAACGAACGUGGUGCUCAUCUGUUUCUCGAUAGACCAUCAGGAUUCUUUGCAGAACGUUAAACUCAAGUGGUGGCCAGAAAUAAAACACUUCCUGCCCUACACGCCGGUUAUUUUGGUAGGAAACAAACUGGAUCUGCGGAAUGAUCCAGGGGUUCUAGGACGACUGGGGAAAACUGGUUCUCAUCCCGUUUCGCAGCAUGCUGGUGAAAAAAUGGCCAAAAGGAUAAGGGCGGACAAAUAUAUGGAGUGUUCUGCUAAGUAUCUGCUUGGGGUGAGAGCUAUUUUUGAGGAGGCGAUCAGAUUAUCGCAGAUGCCAAAGAAAGACGGUGGUGUUAAACGGUUUUGUAAAAUGUUAUGA